UAGUGCGGGUUUUCCCCGACCGUAUGUGAAGAGGGUUGGCGGCGCAGCUUUAAUUUUCCCUUUUUUUUUUCCGGGCGGUUCAGUCGUGUCGUCGCUUCCGUGUAACGCACACGCGUCUCUUCCGUCUCGUCCGCACCCGGUCGUCGCCGUCGCCGUUCGACAAUCAUCGUAAGCGCGUGUCACGUUUUCGCACCGACGUCCAUCGCCAUUUUCACCGCACAGUCACCGGUGCGUUUUUUUUUCAAUUUUUUUUUCUCAUAUCCGUUCUCAUUCGUCUCUUCUUCAUUCUGUGUUGUGUAUGCACACAUCGUGUCAAGCAUUCGACUCCAUACGUCUUACGUCACUCGCCAGUACCCAUUUCGCACAAAAUUUACGAUAUCUUGUCACAUUUUUGGUGCUUACCCUCAAUCAUCAAUUAUACAAUAUUUUGUAUAAUUAGAACAAAGUUACAAUUCAAAGUUUUUUCAAACAUCAUUCGAAGGUCAGUCCGUCGACGUGCGCCGAACCAGAGUCUCGUGCGUUGGCCGCGUGCUCGUGCGCCGGGUCAGCGAGAAAUGAACACCGUCCGCUACAGCCGUGGCCGCGGCCGCCGCCACUGCCACCGCUGGAACCGCGAGUGCGGCGGUAACGCGUGCACGUGUGUGUAGACCGCUAGCGCGUGUCAAGUCCGUGCACGAGCGCGGGACGUGCGUUGACGUGUGUGGUGGACGACGGAGAACGCGCGUGCCGAACGACCGGAUCCGGUGGUCAUCAUGUCUCCGCCGCCGCUGCUGUCGCUGUUGUUGAUCGUGCCGCCGUCGCUGCUGGUGCUGUUGUGCUGCACCGCGACCGCGGUCAGUUCUCAAUUGGCGUGGACGCCCAUUUACGUCGGCUCCAACAGCCAAGUCGAUCUAUGGACGCAGGAAUCACAAGGAUGUCGUUGUAAUCACGAUUUAGUCAGACAAGACUGCGCGUGCUGUGUACCACAGGGCGGAUGCCAAUGCGGAGAACUAGCGCUUAACCGUUGUGCGCAAUGCGGAUUGGAGCAGCAUUGCACGAACAUGUGCAACAUUACCAUAAAAGCGGACCUACUACUGGCACGGUCCAAUUCGACGUUUGGCCAGAUCAAGUCUCCCGCGCUGUCCGGCCCAGACCAUUGCUGGUACACGUUGGAUCCCGGAUAUAAUAGACGAGUGGAACUGCAGGUGUACAGACUCAUAAACGCGGGCCACUUCAACGGCACCAGUUGUGUGUCUGGAUAUCUAGAGUUAUUAGACUCUUUUGGUCAAGGGACAGGACCUAGAAUAUGUGGACAAAAUGAACGAUUAGCGCCUCCAGUCGUUAUGUUCGCAGAUCGAGAAUCAGCUACAUUAAAUUUUCGAAUUGAAGAAUCCACCUCUAGAUCACAAUUUUUAGCAUAUUUUAGCUUUACAUCAUUAACAAAUGUUCAGGGUCUAGCAUUUAGGCCCAAAGGAGGCAGAAGGAUAGAGCAUACAGUAUGCGAUUGGUUGUAUCAAGACUUUUCCUGCAACAAAGACUCCUGUACGCUUGCCAGUCCAGGGUUUCCCGGCAUUUAUGGUACAGACCUUUACUGCAAGUACCAUAUAACAACAAGUUCCGUUCACACUAAAGUUCGGCUCCAGUUUCUUACAUUAUCGUUACCACUCAACCAUUGCGGUACACACUACAUAAACGUUUACCAAGGUCCGACAUCCAAUAGCCCUUUGCUGACAACGAUAUGCGACAAAAGCAAAAAGGACCAUACGUUUCCCGGGCCAAAUAUGCUUCUAGAGUUCAGGGCCGGUGCCGCGAUCCCACCGUACGACUAUACCGGUUUCGUGGCCACAAUCGAGUUCAUCGACAACGUCGUCACGACACCGACGAGCACGGCGGCCACGUUAGUGAUCUCUCCGUACCCGGCAGCCGCCGUUCCCAGGAUCCCGUCGAAGAACGACAAGGCGUGCGAGAUGACGAUCAAAUCGACCGACGUCAAGUCUGGACAUUUCGAUUUGCGGGGCUUGCAGAAUUGGAAAACAAACUGCACCAUUCGUUUCGAGGGGAAAGAACCGGAAAUCGUGCACAUAUCCCUGUUCAACUACGUACUCAAAGCCAGUUCUUGUCAAUCAUUCAUAGACAUUUACGACGGUCCAGAUACAAGGUCAAAAGAUAUUAUUAAACGAUUGUGCAGUCCUGUAGAGAAUCAUGCUAGAGAUACAAAUGGCAGGUUCCGCGAAAGACAGAUGUUUGUUUCGUCAGGUACAUAUAUGACGCUUUUCGCCCGCAGAUUGAUGGCUAACACGCAAGACGUUGAAACUGAAUUUUUGGAUGGUGCCUACAGUUUCUUUAAUGUAUUAGAAAGAGGAACAUUACAACCAGACACGUUGUGUGAUGUGAACUACAAUGGUUUAAGUAGUUCAUCUAGAGGAAGAUUGAAACAUCCUGGAACUGAACAAAUAUUUUGGAAUGUUGAAGGACAAAUGAGAUGUUCUCAAAAUCUAAUUCCAGCUGCUAAUCAGAGCAUAAGUAUCAAAGUCAUAUCGUUAAAUAAGUUAUCUUCGGAUCUUUGUUACACUGAAUGUGGAGAUGGCGGAUGUCGAUGUGUUAAGAACGCUACAUCUAUUGUAGAUCAGCUAUACAUCACGUCGACUAAAGGUGAUGUUCUAUCAUGUAUUUGUGGUGACUUUCAGGCUGAAUGGUUACCAGUAACUGUUAAGUCGUGGUCGCCCAUCAACUUGGUGUACUCGAUAUCAAAAUACAGCUGGUCCAACAAAGGAUUUGAAUACACGGCCGAGUAUUCAUUUAAAGACGAUAUAGUGUGUGGAUACCGAGUGAUCAAUCAACAUACUGGUAUAAUAGAAUCACCUAUAGUGAUCAGGGAAAGCCCACUCAACUUUUACUAUCAUCAGGAUUGUACCUGGUUACUGGAUUCUAAUGUUGAGCGUCAUUUGACGAUAGAAAUAGGCAGUUCACAAAGUCGUCCAUGUUCUGCGUGGAAUAUAAGUAUUCACGAAUAUUCAGAAAGAGUUGAUGAUAAAGCCGGGCCAAUCUUGUAUACAUUCUGCUCUAGAGAAAAAAAUUCAACCAACACACUUCCGUGGCAAAUGAACAUUGUUGUCAUCAAAUUAAGAGCAAUGACACAGACGCCUCCUCAAUAUUAUAUUAAAUGGCGAUCGGACGUUGAUCGAGCUCGACUAUCUGGAUCAACUGCCCACACUGCGGCUGCAAGUGGAUCAUCAAAAUUGUCAAUCAGUUGGACAUUAUUGUUUACAGGGGUCUCACUUUAUAUCAAGAAAAUUAAAAAAAGAUGAAUGUUUAUACUAAUGUCAGUUAUAGUUGUCAGUAUAAGCUAGAUAUGUUUUAUAAAAAUUAAUUUCAAUGUGUCUAAAAAACUGUACUUACUAAAAGAUAAUUGUCGGUUGUGACUGUUAUUUUUUAGCUAUGUUGUGCCAAAGCCUUAAGCAAAAUAUAAAAACUAGAAAUGGUUUAGGCUGCAAGUAUUACAAGAAAAUAUAGUUUAAAGAAAAAUACAUUAUCACCUACUUAAUUAUAAAAAAAUUAGACAUAUAAUUUAAUGUAUAUACUAGCUCGUCAUUUUCCGUUCAUACAUUCAUUAGAUAUUUCAAUAUCUUGUUUUCAUAGAUGAUUUUUUUAAAUGAUUUCAUAAAAAUAAUUUUUUAAUCAAAUAAUAAAACACAAUUAAUGUAGACAAUGAAUCAAUGUAAUUCAUACUUUUUAUUUUAUUGAACACAAUAUUAUAUUGAGAUAAUACAUACAAAUUCAAAUCUUAGCAUCUCCAAAUUCUAAACUUUUAAAUUAUCUCAAUAUUAUCUAUAAUGGGUUUUUUUUAAAUACUAAAAUAUUCAAAAUUAAAAAAAUGUAGUUAGAAAACGUUUAAAAAACGUAGUACAAAUUUAAUUUUCAAAUAAUAUAUACGGGAAGUGAUGUGGUGCAAUAGGCUGAAACCCAUUAGUGGACACAUUUAAGUCGAAGAUAAAAACAUCUAACAAAUUAAAAAUCCAGAAAACUACAUUGGCCGCCCACAGACGAUUUUUCAAAACUAGUAGUUGAAAAAAAAUUUAAAAAAUACUAUAAUUAAAAAUAUUUUAUCAUAUUAUUUCUUCUACAAAACCUUUUUACCCUUGAAAUAUAUUUAUAAUAGCUACAACAUUCGAAAUAAUAGUAUAUAUAUAUGUGUGUGUAUAUAA